GCUUCAGCCAGCCAGCCUCUCUGCAUGCCGUCUGUCUUGAACUGUCCACAACACCACCCCAUCCACACCGCCGCCACUGCCGUAACGACACCUACACCUCGUGGACCUUCGACACACCGCUGCCCCACUUUAGAGUACCUCGCGGCGAAGAGCGCUACCACAAACAGUCUCCGCGGCAACUGUCCUGCGAUCCGUCAACACAUCCCCGCUCCGCCGCCUACACCGCCGCUAUGGCGUCGCGCAAGAAGAUUCUGCUCAAGGUCAUCAUCCUGGGAGAUAGCGGUGUUGGCAAGACCAGUUUGAUGAACCAAUAUGUCAACAAGAAGUUCUCGCAGUCCUACAAAGCCACCAUCGGCGCCGACUUCCUCACCAAAGAAGUCCUCGUGGACGACCGCCUUGUGACGAUGCAACUCUGGGAUACCGCUGGCCAGGAACGCUUCCAGUCCCUCGGCGUUGCCUUCUACCGCGGCGCAGACUGCUGUGUACUCGUCUACGAUGUCAACAACGCAAAGUCCUUCGAUACACUCGAUUCAUGGCGCGACGAGUUCCUGAUUCAAGCGAGCCCCAUGGAUCCUGAAAGCUUCCCCUUUGUGGUCUUGGGCAACAAGGUUGAUGUGGAGGAGAGCAAGAGGAUGAUCAGCACCAAACGGGCACAGGCGUUCUGCCAGCAAAAGGGCGGGAUACCAUAUUUCGAGACGAGCGCAAAGGAUGCGGUGAAUGUGGAGCAGGCAUUUGAAGUCAUCGCACGAAACGCUCUCGCCCAAGAAGAAUCGCAAGACUUCAACCCCGAUUUCCCUGAGACAAUCCCCAUCAACAUUGGCGAGAAUGAGCAAGGCUGCUCCUGCUAGAGUUCUGCUGCAUUCGUGUCAGUGAUUUGGGGCGGUCUUGUGCCUGUCUUGCUAUCGAUCUAUCAAUCAUCAUCAUACCCUGGUCUUGGUGCCUACUGCAUGGGAAAUGGGAGUUUACGGAAGCGAGCUUUGUUGUGUCCUGCGAUAUGCUUGAGAUGCGUGUGGGGAGGAAGAAGCAAUUGGAGGAUUUCAUUGUACAUCACGCGCGAAGAUACUGAAGAGACAGAUGAAGCAUACGUGAAUACAGAAUGGGAAUGCAUUUUAUGAGUACGAGAACUUACAUCAGUGAUUCCGCAGAUUCAUCAAACGGCCUGCCCGGGAGAGGCACAUCGUAUCUGUGCUUAUUCGUGAGCGAAUCUCAUCCAGUCUUAUCAUAGAACAACAAAACAAUCGCACUGGAUCCUCGAUCUCAACGGAGAAAGCCAAGCCAAACAAAUACAUCUCAGUUUGAGC